UAGGUCACGUGCUCCGAAGCCCAUGACCAUGACGUCAUUUAAAAGUCUCCAUGGCCGCUGUUGUGGUCAUAGUUUCAUCCGCGGCGUCUGAUUUUGCAUCAGUUGCAUAAAUUUCUUAACACAAACCAGCGUUCGUAUCGCCAUGGAAUUCAAGAGCGUCGUGUUUAACGCUGCAAAAGAUGGUAACCUAAAACGACUCAAGGUGUUCUUGGACCACAGACCAAAGGACGAAAUGGCUAUGCUCACUUCCGCGAAGACCGAUGGUUCAACACCUUUAGUAAUGGCAGCUCGAAAUGGCCACUUGGAAGUCAUUGAGUACCUCAUAGAAAGGUGCAAUGCGGAUAUUGAACAGGUAGGAUCUGUCACGUUUGACGGGGAAACAAUCGAAGGAGCUCCUCCACUGUGGUGCGCUGCAGCUGCUGGUUAUAUGAACGUGGUGCAGAGUUUAGUCGUGAGAGGAGCAAGCGUCAAUGCCACCACGUCCACAAAUUCUACACCCCUCCGAGCUGCAUGCUUUGAUGGACACUUUGAGAUUGUGCGGUUCCUUGUGCGACUUGGUGCUGACAUCGAGAUUGCCAAUCGCCAUGGGCACACGUGUCUCAUGAUAGCCUGCUACAAGGGGCACCUUGACAUUGCUGCAUAUCUAGUAGCAUGUGGAGCUGACGUGAAUAGAAAGAGUGCCAAAGGAAACACAGCACUACACGACUGUGCAGAAUCUGGUAGCUUAGACAUUCUACGUCUGCUCCUGAACCACGGAGCAGUCUCUGAACGAGACUCCUAUGGUCUCACUCCCCUAUUGGCUGCAGCUGUAACAGGUCACGGACCAGUUGUCGAGUACCUUUCAACGCUUGAUAGCUGCUCACGCCUGGAACGCAUCGAAGCCCUCGAGCUCCUUGGCGCCACGUACAUCGACAAGAAACGAGAUACAUCGGGAGCACUGCGAUUCUGGCACCGAGCACUCAAAGAGAGGCACUGCAGCAAACCACCAAUACUGAAACCAAAGCGAGAACCGGCUGAAGCCUAUGGAAACGCUGUUGAAGCACAAACACUGACUGACCUCGAAGACCUCUUCUACGAUCUGGACCGUAUGCAGAUGCAAGCCUUGUUGGUCAGGGAACGCGUCCUUGGCUCAGCGCACCCUGAUACAGCUUACUACAUCCGAUACCGUGGCGCAGUCUCUGCAGAUUUGGGCGACUUCCCCCGCUGUCUUCGCUUGUGGCUCUAUGCUCUCGACAUGCAGCAGAAAUGCCUCGAACCACUAAGUCCUAUGACGCAGAGCAGCUUGCUAUCGUUUGCUGAGCUGUUCUAUUUCAUGCUCGUGGAAACACGAUCACGGUCUGGACCUUCCAGGAGGCUCCCAGCCCUGGUGUCAUUUGGCGACGUACUUGCCGUUUUCCAUCGUGCUGUCAACGAACUGGCAUCUGCCCCGAUCCUGUCAUCUACGGAAGAAGCAGUUCAUCGCACACUGGUUGUGGCCUUGCAGCUCUGUACCAUUCUUUGUCGUCUGUCUCCUUGCCCAGAACAGGAGGAAGAACUGAAGAGUACAGUGUAUCGUCUCAUUAAGCUCAACGUACGUGGAACAAAUGGAGAAACGCCAUUACACCUUGCAUGUCGCAGGGACCCAAACUCUGCCCCAUCGAGUCUCGGCACUGCUUGCAUUGUGUCGUUCCCAUCUGCAGAGCUAGCCAAGCUACUCCUGGAACUAGGCAGCGAUCCCAAUGCAGUGGAUAAAGAUGGCCGAACACCCCUGCACACCUCAGCUAGGGCAAAGCCCUUUGCUGCGUUUGCAGUUGCUAAGGUGCUCCUGGCUCAUGGUGCACACCUGGAUAAAGCGGACAAGAUGGGGAAUGUGGCGACAGACUACUGCUCAAACCUCUUAGACAAUAGCCCCUUGCAUUAUACCAGCUUGAAGUGCCUCUGUGCUCGAGUUAUCGUAAGGCUACGAGUCCCCUACCGUGGAUUUGUGCCCAGGAACUUGGAGGAUUUUGUUGAGUGUCACUGAUCAUAAAAGAUGGGACAGGAGAAAGUUGAGUGGCAUUCAACAUUUUCAUGUUUUAUAUGUCCAAAGGAAAAAGAACUUGGGGAAGAGUGGUUUUGUUUCACCAUAUGCCUUGGUUCUCAAAGGUCGAGAUGCAGUGUGUAAAAAUAAAACUCAGCUGGCAGCUA